AUGUCUCCAACUCUCUCUGCGCCGCCUUGGGUCAAACCCGAACCGAAUCUGUGCAGUAUGCCCACCGAAAUCCUGGAGAAGAUCAUUGGCUUCGCCAUGCCGGACAGCCCUAGCCUCGGAGUCACCGCAUGGUACCGAGUCAGAAGCUGGGGCUCGAAUCGUGAAACCGACGUCUGGGAGCAAGGGUAUCCUUUCUACUGGCACCCGAGCCAACGAUGGGUUCCCGGUCUGCUCCUCGUAUCGAAGGCUAUCCGCCGAGUUACUCGGGAAACUCUGGCUUAUCGCACCGAUUUCAAGGUCUUCGCGCUCCCGACAUAUGUAAACUUUGUUCACAAAGUGCCGACUGAACUCAAGGAAAAGGUGAAGCGGUACUUCGACGAAUUGCUGACGAGGGAUGAAGAGCACGGUCUACCGGCUCGGGCCACGCUCUGA